UUAUAUUCAUUCACCCAUUCUUAAACCCUUCUUCCCCAUUUCUGCAUCAUCCACUAACCAGAGAUUUCAACCUUCAAACCAAACAGCGUAAAUCAUCCCAAUGGGCUCCAAAAACAAGAAGAACAAGACGGCAAACAAACCUAACACGGCGGCGGAGGUUACCGGAAACCGCGUGUUCGGCGCCGGUAACAAACCAAUUACCGACGAACGGUUCGCGUUGUCACAAAAGGACCCUAGGUUUCAAGAUGUACCGAAGCAUAAGAAUAAGGUAGCGAUUGAUUCGCGUUUCAGUCGUAUGUUCACCGAUAAGAAUUUCUCCAAUUCAUCUGCUCGUGUAGAUAAACGAGGUAAAGCUAAAAACGACGGCGUUUCGUCUCAAAGUGUUCUGAAGAAUUAUUAUCGAAUCGAUGAGGAUGAUGAUGUUCAAAGGAAGCAGAAGAAAGUUCGUGAGGAUGUUUCGGAAUCGGAUGAUGGUGAUGAUGACGAUGACGUGGAGAGUGAUGAGGAGAAAGUGGAAUCUGAUAGUGAUGAUGGUGAGAAGGUGAAGAAUGUUAAGGAAAAGUUAUUGAAAUUGGAUUCCGAAUCCGAAUUGGAAUCGGAGUCGGAAUUGUCCGGAGAUGAGGUUGUGGAUGAUUAUAAUACAACGGAUACGGAUGAGGAUGAUGAGGUUUAUAUUGAGGAGGAGACUAACGCAUUGCAGGAGGAGAAUGUACCUGAAAUUGAUAAAGAAACUCACAGGCUAGCAGUUGUUAAUUUGGAUUGGAAUCAAGUUCAGGCAGUUGACUUGUUUGUUGUGUUAAGCUCAUUCCUGCCAAAAACAGGCCAGAUUCUGUCGGUGUCCGUAUAUCCUUCCGAGUUUGGACUCAAGCGCAUGGAAGAGGAGGCAGUGCGUGGUCCCGUUGGUUUAUUUGAUGACGAGGAUGGGAAAAAUAAAAAUGAUGAUGAUAGUGACAACAGUGACGAUGACAAUGAAAUUGAUAACGAAAAGUUGCGUGCUUAUGAACUAAGUAGAUUAAGGUAUUAUUUUGCAGUGGUGGUAUGCGAUUCAAUUGCUACAGCUGAUUAUAUAUACAAAAGCUGUGAUGGUAUUGAGUUUGAAAGAUCAUCAAAUAAGUUAGAUUUGAGGUUUAUUCCAGACUCUAUGGAAUUUAAACACCCUGCACGUGAUGUUGCUACCGAGGCUCCGGCAAAUUACGAAGGUAUAGAUUUUCAAACUCGAGCAUUGCAACUCAGUAAAAUUGAUCUUACUUGGGAUGAAAACGAACCCCAGCGCGUCAAGAAGUUUAAAAGGAAAAUUAACGUCGACCAAGAAUCCAAGUAUGUUAAGGAUGAAAAUGAAUUGAAGGAACUUAUUGCUUCAAGUGAGAGUGAACCCGAUGAAGACGAGAAUAACGUUGACGGUGGCGAUAAAAAAAGACAAAAAACCGAUGCAUACCGCGCUCUACUUCAGUCUGGUGACGGUUCAGAUGAAGACGAAGAGGACGGGAAAAUGGAUAUGGAGGUGACUUUCAACACCGGUUUAGAGGAUCUCAGCAAGAAAAUUCUUGAAAAGAAAGAUAAAGAAACAGAAACCGUUUGGGACGCGUAUCUUCGUGAGCGAAAAGAGAAAAAGAAAGCUAGAAAGAAUAGAUCCAAGAAUUCUUCAGACGACGAUGAUGAUGUUGGUGGUUCAGAUGAACAACCCUUUGAAGAAAAGGGCGAUUUCUUCGUGGGAGAAACCGCAAAGAAGAAGAAGAAAGCGUCUCGUGAUAAAAAAGAUAAAAAAACUGAAACGGGUGAUGAAGGUGAAGCAAGUAGAGCGGAACUUGAAUUAUUACUUGCCACAGAUGAAGGCGGAGAUGCUAAUAACGUGAAAGGAUAUAAUUUGAAACAUAAAAAAUCCAAAGGGAAAAAGGGCAAAGCCGACAUUGACGAAGAGAAGAUACCGACUGUCGAUUAUGAAGAUCCGCGGUUUUCAUCUCUCUUUACCCGGCCCGAAUUCGCUUUGGACCCCACGGAUCCCCGGUUUAAAAGGAGCGCGGCUUACGUGCGCCAGGUGGCACACAAGAGUAAGGGUGAUGUGGAUGAGAUGGAGGGACGACAUAACGAUGUACCUGUAGCAGAUCAGGCUCCGCAAGCGGAUGACAUAAAGGAUUCGAAGAAAGACAAGCAUGAGAUUGCGAUGUUAAUGAAGUCUGUUAAAAUGAAAUCCAAACAACUUCCUCCUGUGUCGUCACAUGGUAAGAAAUCCAAGAGGAAAGAGAAAUAACUCGGUUGUAUCUCAAAAUUUUGAUAGAUUUAGCUCUACGGUGGUGAGUUUUAUUUUUUCAAAAUCGCGUUUUUGGAUCUGGACAUGCGCAACAUACCAUGGCGGGAGGUUAUGCAAGGGACACAGGUGCAGGGUGGUUUGUUAUUGUUUAUCUCAUUAAUUUAAGUGGAGCUUGUUUUUCACUUUGUUAUUAGUUUUAUCGUUAAACAAGAGACAAGGCUUUUUUUACAAUCUGAUGUACUUCGAUUAUUUUUUACAAUAGACAAGUGUUAUCAUGUCUUCUUUUCUCA